AAUUUUUUUUUUUUUUUAUUUGAACAUAUUUGUAAGGAGCGGGUUUCAAACGCAGCCUGGGAGAGGGGGAAUGCACCGGGUCACCACACACUAUCCCCUUCACGCCAAAAAUCCUUGCCAUUUGCAGAGUUUGUUUGCCAAGAUCUCACACGUAUCUCUCUUCUUUGCUCGUUAAAUACCUUCACACGCAUCUCUGCUUUCCAAACUGUUUUCUGGGUACAUCUAAAUCUUUUUCUCCUUAUAUAUGUUUCUGCCCUCUUGCUUGUGUACUUGCAUUGCAUAACGCUUAUUUUCUCUCUCUGUUCAGUUCUUGAAGCCUUUUCCUGUUUUUUUUCUUUUUUCUUUUUUCUUUUUCUCGAAAGGGUGUCUUUUGAAUAAUGUAAACUCGAUUACGGUGUCAAAGUUUGGUGCUUUCUGAGUUUGAUUAAAGCCCAUUUGCUCAAAAGUGGUAUAGAGCUUUCCCUGGCUCACCCCAUCAUGCAUUCCCGCUAGAUUUUGAAGUUGAAGUUGGAUUCUAGCAAUGCCUGUUUGCUUUAAAUUGUUUUGAGCAGUUCAAGAUGCAUCUUGUAAUGCUGGUUUCUCGUUAAUUUGGUGUUUUUAGCUUUUUGAGUUCCACAACUCUUGUGCUUGAUUAGGACCUUUGGUGGGUUUUUGCUUGUUAUAUUAUCAUGUAAUUUGCCAAUCUGCUGCUUUCCGUUCUGCUUUUUUUGUUCACUUUAGUUGGGGUUUAGUUGACGAAGAGAAAGCCUUUACAAUGAUGAAGUAAAGGAGGUGGGAUGGAUCUAAGUUCUGUUGAAGUCAAUCGUUAGUCUUGAUCUAACCAUCUAAGCAUAUGGAGAAAAUCUGCUAUUCUCGUUAAAUUAGCCCCUUCGGAUUCACCAUGGAUAUUGCUCGUUAGUUCCUUGAUUUUUGCUCAAACCCUUUAAUUUAGGUCAGUUUUUAUUUAAUUUGAUUUGUUCAUUCCUCAUAGGAUACAGCCCAAUAUUCUUUAUUCAAUUUCAAUGUAACUUGUUCAGUUAUACAUAUUCACUUAUGGACCUCAUCAAGGUUCAAUUAUACAUUCCAAAAAUGAUAAAUUCAUACUUUUCCU